AUGAAUGGUCUGAACCAGUAUCUGUGUACUAGAGACCUCGUGAAAGGUCUGAACCAGUAUCUGUGUACUAGAGACCUCGUGAAAGGUCUGAACCAGUAUCUGUGUACUAGAGACCUCAUGAAUGGUCUGAACCAGUAUCUGUGUACUAGAGACCUCAUGAAUGGUCUGAACCAGUAUCUGUGUACUAGAGACCUCAUGAAUGGUCUGAACCAGUAUCUGUGUACUAGAGACCUCAUGAAUGAGGGUGGUAGUAGGAGGGCUGAUGACAUCCAGAAAGCAGCCGAGGAGCUCAACACUCGCUGGGAUGGGUUCUGUGCCCUGCUGGCUGAGAGGCUGGAGUGGCUGGCCUACCAGAGCAAGAUCCUGGCCUUCUAUAACCUCUGGCAGCAACUGGAGCAAGCUGUGGUCAACUCUGAGAACUGGCUGAAGGUCCAGCAGCCACCGGCCUCAGAGCCUGAACCUCUGAAGCAUCAACUGGAGCGCUGCAGGGAGGAGAUAGCUCGUUUCUCCUCUCUGGAGCCCCAGGUCAACCUGCUAAAAGAGAAGCUGAAGGCACUGAGGGAGAAGGAGAAUGCUCCUGUCUUCUUCGAUGCAGACAUCACUGACUUCACACAGCAUCACCAGCAGGUCCUGGAUGAGCUCCAGGCCCGAGAGAGACAGCUGGUGCUGGGUGAGAAUAUGGAGCAGGACACAAACACAAUGCAGGCGUGCACUUACACACAGGAAUACAGAAAGGGGUCAUGA